AUGGGGGGACAAAGUUCUAAAGAGGAAAAUUUGAGGCAGGAUUCAUCUUUGAGAUCAAGUUCAUCUGCUUCUGCUUCUUCGUGGAAUUCAUAUCCUGAUCCUCAUUUGGGUUACGGUCGGGGUGGUUAUCCAUAUAGCUAUGAUGCCCAACAACCUUCUUAUCAACCGUAUUAUGAUACCCGACCUCCUCCUCCUCCACAAAAUUAUGACCAUGAGCCUCAUACUAGUGGUAGAGUGCCCCGUCAAGACGAUAAGAGAAAGUUAGAGAGGAAAUACUCAAGGAUUGCUGAUAAUUACAACUCCAUAGAUGAGGAAUGCAUUCAUUUAACAGAAAAAGUUUGCAUCACAUCGGGAAUGGUUCAAAUCCCUAUGAACAAGCAGUAUCCAUUGUUGGAAAAAACCUUGGUCGUAUUUGUUGAGGAUAACUUGAUUCCUUGUUUUGGAUUUGGAGAUGCAUCAACACAUGAUCAAGAUGUCUUCAGUUUCUAUCCAGACGAAAGAUUUUGCAAUGGAUUUGAAGAAAUUUUAAGUCGGUAUAGGGAAAUUGUUCCUAAUAUUCGACUUGCAGGCCCUACAUCCUUUGCACCCGUUGUUGAAAUGGCAAUGGCAAUUGUUGAGCAAAGUGGAGGCCAAUACCAUGUUUUAGUGAUAAUUGCAGAUGGCCAGGUUACAAGAAGUAUUGAUACUGAUCAAGCGAGGCUUAGUCCACAGGAACAGAAAACUGUGGAUGCCAUUGUUGAAGCCAGUGAAUUUCCUUUUUCGAUCAUGUUGGUCGGUGUUGGAGAUGGACCUUGGGACAUGAUGAAGGAGUUUGAUGACAAUCAUGUCAAAAAACAUUCCUCCUUCACCAAAAGAGGCGGCUUUUGCUCUCGCAGCAUCGAUGGAAAUUCCUUCUCAGUAUAA